AUCGGGCAGGACUCCGGCAGAGGCACAUCGGGCUACCAGGCGAAGCAGCAGGCAGCGGGCCACCAGGCGGAGAGCGCCAGGCACCGGGCCCCCGGGCGGGGCGGCAGGCACCGGGCCCCCGGGCGGGGCGACAGGCACCGACAGGCCACCGGGCCCCGGGCGGGGCGACAGGCCUCGGGCCCCCGGGCGGGGCGACAGGCCUCGGGCCCCCAGGCGGAGCGGCGGGCGCCAGACCCCCAGGCGGAACUACAGGUCUCGGGCCCUCAGGCGGAGCGGCGGGCGCCGGACCCCCAGAUGGAGCGACAGGUCUCGGGCCCUCAGGCGGAGCGGCGGGCGCCGGACCCCCAGAUGGAGCGACAGGUCUCGGGCCCUCAGGCGGAGCGGCGGGCGUCGGACCCCCAGAUGGAGCGACAGGCCCCCAGACGAAGCGGCGGGCACCGAGUCACCAGGCACGACAGUGGGCACCGAGUCGUCUGGCAAGACUGCGGGCACCGA